AUGUCUUUCGUAAAUAAAGAGAAUGCACAGAAGUCAGCUGGGGCAGCGGCCUCCUUCAUUGGCAAAGGUGCCAAAGCUGGCUAUAGCGCGAUCAAGAAUCAUAAAAGUGGCUCCUCAAAUAAGGAUUCUGAGCACGAGGAGCAUUACUCUUCAGUAAGGCCUUUGGAGUCGUUGACUGAUCCCAGAACAUUUCAACCACCACCAAAACGGAGUGUUGGAUCUUAUUCGGGAUCAAUCCCACCAUCAUUUUCUGCUCAUUCUUUAGCUGCAACCUCAUCUGCAAUACCUCCUCCUCAGGCAACAGUUCAGAAUCCGGCACAGUAUCAACUUCAGAUUCAGCCUUCAAUGUCAGCUCCCCAGCAACAACCAGGAAACCAGGUCUAUGCUGCUGGUAACUAUCAGGAUCCAUCACAGGCGAGUCAGACCUACCCCGGCCCGCCUCAAUUACCAGGCAGGCAACCAUCUCAAAAUCAAAUAGGGGGCAACCCUCAAGUUCCAGCUCAGUCACAAGCAGAGUCUUAUAUCUCUGACAGUGUAACAAGGACCGGACAAAGUGCUGGGUCUCAAUAUGUUCAAUCGCAAUUACAAAAUUCUGGUUACGCUGAAGCCCAAAACCCACAGAUUCAGAAAGCUGGUGCUGCUUUUGGUAGUUUCAUUGGUGGACAACUUGCGCAACAGGGUCAGCAACAAGCUAAACAGCAGUUGCAGCAACAGCUACAGAAUUUUCAGAACCCUCAGUCAACUAUACAGACUCCCCAAAGUCAAGACGUUUCACAACAGCAAUCUCAGUUCCCGCAAGUUCAACAACCUGAGCAAACCCCUCAGGCUCCAUCCAUUUCACAGAUUCAGGGGCCAGACCAAUUUCAACAGCCUGGCAUAGCGCAGCAGGCGACUCAACAGCCAAAUCAGUUUCAACAGCUUGGAAUAGCUCAGCAACCGAAUCAGUUUCAACAACCUGCUCCAGCUCAGCAACCGAUUCAGCAAUCAGCUCAAUUUCAGCAGCAUCUUCCAGCUCAACAGCCAAACCAGUUCCAGCCGCCUGGCCCAGCUCAGCAGUCAUCUUCGCAGCCAAAUCAGUUUCAACAGCCUGGUAUAGCACAGCAACCGAAUCAGUUUCAACAACCUGCUCCAGCUCAACAGCCUGGUAUAGCUCAGCAACCGAAACAGUUUCAACAACCUGCUCCAGCUCAACAGCCAAUCCAGCAAGCAACUCAGUUUCAACUACCUUCCCCAGCUCAGCAGCCAAGUCAAUUUCCUGAAGCUUCUCCGCAGCAACAGGUUCCACAAUUACAGCAAGGUUCACAAGUUCCAGUUAGCCCUCAGCUCCAACAAGCGUCGCCGGUUCACCAGUUCUCACAAAACAAGCAGGUCCAUUCUCAGGAUGUAAGAGAGAUUCAGUAUCAGCAAAGACCACAACCUCAACCUCCAUCAAACCAUCAAUCUCAAGAUGUCUUGAAUACUCAGUAUCAGCCCACAAAUCAACCUUCGCAAAUGUAUCCGACAGCAUCAAUUCAGCCACCUCCAACUUCUGCUGUACCGCGUGAACCUGAACCGUUGCCACAACAAAGUGCUUCAGUAAUUGCAUCACCACCUCAGAGCUUUGCACCUCCUCCCGUACAUGUUGCAAGAGGUUCUUCACCAUCAAACCAUGCCCAAACUGAGUUGUCGCCUACUAUAAGCACUGCAGCCCCUGUGCAAGGAGUACAUUCUGGCAGCACAGCUCCGCCUCCCCCUCCCCGUAAUACAUUUUCUCUGCCUGAUAUUUCAACUGUUGGCCCUCCUCCUCCAAAACCGUUCAGAAGUGCCCAAGAGAAAGAAAAGUUAGAACAAGAAAGGAGACACCAAGAGGAGUUCAACAAAAUGAGAAAUGCUCAUCGCACAGCUUCCAGUACCAGUACACCUUCAUAUGUACCGAAGCCAAAUUCUCCACUAAAGACCGAAGACACUGGGGAACCUGCGCCUCUGCCACCUGAAAAGAACGCUUCCAAAGACACUACGGCCUUUUCUCCUCCACCAUCAACAUUUAGAUCGUCAUCAUCCACAAAAAAUCACAGCGUCCCUGUUGCAGCUCCUAAACCAACGGUCAAGACCGAUAUUGAUGAUAUAGCUUCUCCGUCUCCUCCGCCGCCCGCACCAAGGAAAAAGUUUUCUUCUAAGGAAUCUGAGAGUCUUGUACUUGAGUCACAUAAGAAACCACCACCAAAGCCUUCGAAGCCCAAAUCUUUGGCCAAUAUCAAUUCCAAGCAGGGAGAGCUGGAAAACAACAAGCAGUUUGCAAACUCAGAGCCAAUACCAGAUUCGAAAACAUCAAGGGCAGUGCCGGCAGAACAAGAUCUUGUAAGUGAGAUGGAAAGGGUAAUGCUCAACAGACGGAAGAAACUACAGGAUCAAGAAACAGCGACACCGGAUGUUUCUAAUAAGCCUUCCAGGCCGGCUAAACCUGUAAAAUUUGAAAAGAUAUCCUCUCCUACUCAACGUCAGCAUCAUAAUAUUUUUGAAACUCCCAAUCAAAGUACCAAGAACACGUCGGGCAUACAUGAUGCUGCUCCAGUAAAGCCAACGAGACCCCCGAAGCCGACAUUUUCGAAGCCACCUAAGCCUUUACCAGCAGUUUCCAAGCCCAAACCUUACGUAAGGACAAAAGUACCAAUACCUGACUCCAAUCAACAACUGAACCUUCAAUUAGAGACUGGAUGGUACAAGCGCCUUGAUCAAAUCCCCCCUGAUGCAGCUGGAUUAAUUUACAGAACUUCUAUGGGUCAAAUUGGAGGCGACUACACUAGAUAUAUAAGUUUCAGGAUGAAAGAUCUAGGUACAGUUCAAGCUGAGAUCAAGUGGUCCGAUAGCACUGCACCAAUUGUCACUCAAAAAUAUACAGCUCCCCCUACUGCAACCCAAGAGCAAUUGUUUGAAGGCAGAAACCUGUUCAAUGAGCAUGUUGCUACGUGGGCUGAAUCCCAUGAGGGCAAAUGUGUAGGAGAUGGAGAAUGUUGGACUUUGGCUAAGUUAGCUCUUGAAAAAGGAUGCGGAAAGCACGCAUUUGUUAGUGAAUACUAUCAUCACGGUGCCUUGCUGUUUACCAAGGAUGCAUCUGGAGUAAUCAAGUCUAACCCCACGGAUUCAAUAGCUCGUGGAGACAUUUUACAGUUUUACGAAUGUACGACUAAAAACAACUACUCAACUACGAAAUUGGGGGCUCCUCACCAUACAGCCAUUGUUGUGAGUUGCAACUCAGAUGGCAGCCUAGAAAUCAUACAUCAAAACGUUAACGGCGUCAAGAAAGUCAUGAAACAGAACCUGGUGCUUAAUGUCGUUGAAGGUACAAUGAAAGUGUAUCGACCGGUGACGAAAACUUGGAUAGAAGAACUCUAG